AAUGGGCCGAAAAAUCCGGCAAAAGUAAAACCGACUCACUAAUUGUAGUACAGUAUAAAACAGAAAUUAUCUGUCCAAAGAUUCGAAGCAUUCGACACUUCCGGCUCCGCUGCAUCUCUCCUCCGACGGCUUGGCUGGUGCUUGCAGGUAUUGAAGAGUCAGUGGUGAUCUCGUGGAUGUGAAUUAUCGGGGAGCUUAAUGUUCAGCUACUGCUUUGAAGAUGAAUGAACUCGCUAAUACCUUUUCGUUGCUGAAUUUGGAUGUUGCUGAUAGUCAAGAGGAUACAGCAGUAGUGUCCAAAGAAAAUGGAAAAGAAAAUAAAGAAGAAAACUGCUCAGGAGAGGUGACAAAGCUAAAAGAUGAUGAUAGCGGUGAGGAGUACAAGUUGCCGCUUGUAUGGAUUGACCUUGAAAUGACUGGUUUGAAUGUUGAAGUAGAUAGGAUAUUGGAGAUUGCUUGUGUGAUCACUAAUGGACAGUUAACCAAAUCAAUUGAGGGACCUGAUUUGGUCAUUCAUCAACCAAAGGAGUGUCUAGAUAAUAUGGGAGAAUGGUGUCAAGAGCAUCAUGCAGCAAGUGGUCUGACUGAAAAGGUGCUUGAAAGUACAAUCACUGUUAAAGAUGCUGAGAAUCAGGUUGUGGAAUUUGUGAAGAGAAAUGUUGGCACUUAUUCACCCCUCCUUGCUGGGAAUUCAGUUUAUGUUGAUUUCAUCUUCUUGAAGAAGUACAUGCCCGAUCUGGCUAGUCUUUUCUCUCAUGUACUUGUUGAUGUCAGUAGUGUCAAGGCAUUAUGCCUUCGGUGGUACCCCAGAGAUAACAAAAAGGCUCCUCGAAAGGAAAACAAGCAUAGAGCUAUGGAUGACAUUAAGGAGAGCAUAGCAGAACUCAAAUACUACAAGGAGCACAUUUUUAAAGCCUCCAAGUCUAGGAGGUAAUUAACUAAUUAUGUAAGGUUACCAUCUAUGCAAUGGCGAAAGAACGUAUGGUAUCGUGCGAUGUCCCUUCUCAGAAAUAUGGUAUUCCCUUCCCUGUAUAGUGGUACAGACGUCUUCACAUCGACCUCUCUAUAGCCGAUCGUGCUACUAUGCUUUGCUGUGGCAAUUGUACAAGACAUAACAUCAUUUCCCUGAUAUGCUGUAGUAUUUGUGCUGGUUGCUGCCAACAUUUGCUUUGCUAAAUUAUGAAUUUCAGAAUUUCACCAA